AUGUGGCUCAUCAAACUGUCUUUGCCGUUCAUUAUCGGCCAAGGGAAUGUACUGAACACAAUCGACCAAGCAGGUUCCAUUUCCAAUGGACAACAUGAUGGUCUUUUCUUACCUUGGGGAUCCAGGCGAAACACUAUGUCCGCUCGUAUCAUGGAGCUCGAAAAUCAGCUACCAAGGACCCAGAUUCCAGAAAAUGCCAAUCAUGGCCAUCAGGAAAUUAGCCCUGCUCCCACGACUGAACAGGGCCAAUCACGGGCGAGGGUUGAUACAUCCAUCCAGCAAAAUCCGAAUCCCACAGCUUCUGCUGAAGCUACCCAGAGCAGACAGCCAUGUAAGAUUUCGAGAUGGAUGUCAAAUGUAAAACGCAAGUCAACUGACAGCUCUCGAAACGAAACCACUGUUCCCUGCGCCAGAGGACGGAGACACUCUACUAGAAAUACCGAGCGGCUUGGUAGUACGGCACCUGCAGCUCCCAAUUCCAGCAGAAUCAAUUUUGCAGAAGAACGUCAGAUUUACCACGGCGAUGACGGGGUUGUCCAACAUCAGCACGAAGAAUCAGCUAACCCAUUCAAGCCAAAAGUGGAAGAGGAACAAGCUUAUACAGAAGAACAGGACUUUACCCAUAUCCCAGCGGAGACAGAAAGAAAUCCGACACCGAGAUCACAACCUACCGUAGCGACCCAGGGAGGUCCAUCGACCCGAGCAGGUCCUUCAAGAUCUACCAACAUUGAGGACUCCUUUCUGGGAAACUUAGCAGGCAAGGAAGGAAGGACUUCCCGUGGCGACUUAAUGCAUCUUUGCAAUGACCUCGGUCACGACGAAUUUAGACGCCUUAGAGACAGAUUCUACAGAGGUGAGCAAGUUGAGCAAGUCGAGGAAGUUCAGGAAGCUGAAGGAUCUGAUGAGCAGCCUCCAUUCCUCGUGGAAGAUAUCAAUCCAGAGCGCCGCCUAUCAAUAAUUAGUCGCACAAGCAACGCAUCUGGAAUACCACCGAGCGCUAGACAGAGCAGUUCAGGAUCCACGGGCACUAGAAUAGAGCCGAGUGACACGCCCACUGAUCCUUCGGUAGAUGAAGAGGUACCAAGACUAACCCUAGGUGAAAUUCGAGACUUCACCACCCAGAUACUUAGAGGAAUUUCGAUCAUCAUAGCUGAGUCGCGAGUCUCUGCCCAAAUGACGGACUUUCAAUUACAGCAGAUAUUGGCCUUGUUGAAUCGUUUGGCCUAUGAGGUUGAGGAGUAGUUCCGUAUUGCGGGCACUUGUAUUUUGAGGAUUGGGAAUGGGACUUGGGGUACGGGUUUCAGGGUGGAUGUCUAUCAGUAUUGAUGUUAAAUUUUUAGAGCUGUUUAGAUUCAAUGCUAUGAUUUUGCUAUCUUAUGCUAUGCCGUAUAAUCUAUGCCUUCUUAGGCUAUUCCAAAACCUUUCCUCUCCAUCGUUGUUGUCAUCAAAAAACAUUGAUCAAUUAUCGUCCGUUAUCCUUCGACUUUCAUUCUGGAUGUCGUGACACACAUCUUCCCCUUCUUCAAAGUGAAGUCUGGAAGCACGAGACUAUCCAGUGUGAGGACAGACAUUCUGUCCUUA